AUGUCUCGGAAUUACGAGGCUGCGAUUGCAGCUCUCAACUCACUACAGUCCAACUUUGCAAUCAUCGACAAGCUGAGGAAGUCGGGGAAAGUCCUGAAUGAACAGUCUAUCCCGGAAACAGUGGAGUGGCUGCGUCGCAUCGGAUACCAGCCCUCCGACCUGAACCGACUCCAUCCCGUCCAUGUAGCGGGUACAAAGGGGAAAGGGUCGACGUCGGCAUUUAUUGCCUCCAUUCUCUCGCAGUACACCGUUCCCUCUUCGAAGAUUCACAAGACGGGUCUGUAUUCAUCGCCUCACCUGCGGUUUGCGCGUGAACGGAUUAAGAUCGACAACAGCCCCCUGUCUGAGGAGCAAUUUGCGCGGUAUUUCUUCGAAGUAUGGGAUCGACUGGAAGAGGCUGCCAGGGUGGAAGGCAAAGACCCGGCCGAUCCGACGGUCAAGCCGCAGUAUUUCCGCUACCUGACCCUGAUGGCGUUUCAUGCGUACAUCAGUGAGGGUGUGGACACCGCUGUGAUCGAGUGUGGGAUUGGCGGCGAGUAUGACUGCACCAACGUCAUCGAGAAGCCGGCGGUGUCGGCGAUCACCAGCCUCGGCAUCGACCACGUCGCCUUGCUGGGGUCGACGAUCGAGGAGAUUGCCUGGCACAAAGGCGGGAUCAUCAAGUCGGGGGUCAGGGCGUUUUCGGCGCCGCAGCCGGAAAGUGCUGAACAAGUCCUGCUGCAGCGCGCGGCGGAGAAGGGAACCGAGCUACAGAUCGUGAGAGGCCAUCCGGAGCUGACGCCAGGUGGUAACCUCAAGCUCGGCCUGGCGGGCGACUUCCAAUACUCCAAUGCGGCCGUGGCCGUUGCUGCAGCAGCAGAGGUUCUGCGGAACCGCGGGGUUGAAGGGAUUCCCAAGGAGAUCCUGACGGAACCCCUGCCCGUGGAAUUCAGAAAGGGUCUGGAGCUCACUCGCCUCGGCGGGCGAUGCGAGACCAGGCAGGAAGCCAAUGUGGAAUGGUACAUUGACGGAGGACACACGCUGGAGAGUAUACGCCUGGCUGGGCAGUGGUUCGCGUCUCAGAUCCAAGCCCACAUGGCUUCUUCCGGCGCUUCGUGCAAGAAGAAGCCGCGCGUCCUCAUCUUCAACCAGCAGACGCGGGACAGUACCGCGCUGGCUCGCGCUCUAUACGAGACUCUGGCGGCAGCCCUGGGGUCCGAAAAGCCCUUCACUCACGCCAUCUUCUGCACCAACGUCACCUACAAGGACGCCGGGUAUCGGCCUGACCUGGUCAGCGUCAACACCAACGCCACCGAUGUCGAGAAACUGCUCGUUCAACGGACCCUGGCGGAGGCCUGGCAGGCCAUUGACCCCAGCGCAGAGACCCAGGUCUUCAGUACGAUCGAAGAAGCAGUCGACUUUACAAGAGACCUUGCCGCCCAAGCCAGGGACACGGCCAGUGACAACAACACCCCUGUGAUGACUUUUGUCACGGGCAGCUUACACCUUGUCGGCGGGUUCCUCGAUGUCAUUGAAACCAAGCCACCCACCCAGUCCUGA